AUGAUGGUUCCGUUAUUUCUUGUGCUUCUUAGUCUUUUGGCUGUUGGCCAUGCAACAAGUAAGUUCAAUAGAUAUAAUCAGGUUGGAGUGUCUUAUGACGUAUGAUAAAACACGAACUGGAAGACAUCCUCAUUCCCAGCGUUCAGUCUGAGAACUUCCAGUUUUAAUGACUGUGAUACAUUUACAUAUGCAUAAUAAUAAUAAUAAUAAUAAUAAUAAUAAUAAUGAUAAUGAUAAUGAUAAUGAUAAAUGAUAAUGAUAAUGAUAAUGAUAAUGAUAAGUGAUAGUGAUAGUGAUAGUGAUAGUGAUAAUGAUAAUGGUAAUGAUAAUGAUAAUGAUAAUGAUAAAUGAUAAUGAUAAUGAUAAUGAUAAUGAUUAUGAUAAUGAUAAUGAUUAUGAUAAUGAUAAUAAUAUAUUUUUUUUACAGAGUACUGUUGGGAAAAUUCGCCUGAGGCCGCCUGCUAUUACAUACAAGAUCCCUGCCCAAAAGGUCUUAAAGAUUGUUCUAGAAACUUCGUUUGUCAGGUGUCAAGCAACAAAUGCUGUUGCCCAAAGUCUGGCCCGUCGUCUGUGCCGCCUUCCAUGUCGACUGCCCCGCCGACAACUAAGCCAAGUUUGUAUUAUGUUAUCCGAUUCCUUUAAUACCUUACUCGUAUUAAAAUUCGCGUCGUACCCAUUUUCGCUCAGCUUUAAAUUCGUGCGAUUUAAUUUCGCGCACCUUGUUAAGACUUAUUCGCGCAGUUUUAAAUUCGCGCGAGUAAUUUUCCGCGUUCGUUCUUUUUGGUUUGUUUAAUAGAGCUAUCAUCAAUUAACGCAUUUAUAAUGAGUGUUUUUUUAUCAACAAAUACUAGAAUAUUUGUCAAAAGUUAAUCAAAAAGCGAUUAGGUGGCCCUAAGAAAAUGCCUUCAAAAUUAUUGCCCCCGCAGGGAUUUCGCCCAGAGGCGAAAUCCCGAGGAGGCACCCUAGUAACUCGCGCGUAUAUUAAGGACAGUACUUACAGUUCAAAUAUACAGUCAGUAUACUAGAAAAAAUCUCGAUUUGCUCGAACUCGAGCCGUGAGGAAUCGGUAGGUAAUGAUGACGUUUCUAUUGAUUGCGCCCGCAAGUACGAAAUGGUUAGGAUGACGUAAAGACAGAAAAUCAUGAAGGGACCGCUCAGGUAGAUUUUGUGAAAUUUAUUGUGCAGUCAUACUUCGAUACUCCUUUGCGUUACGCAGUGACAUUCUGUGGAGCAGUUGUUUUGAAAGUUAUGGACUAAAAGCAGGGGCGGAUCCAGGAUUUUUUUCAGGAGGGGGUGCACUCUUCUCUUACUCUACUUCAACACCAAUAAACCACAUAGUUUUUUUUUUUUGCAGAAUACCAGUUGUAUUAGAAAACCGCAGGUCAUCUCAGGUGGGGGUGCGCACCCCCUGCACCCUCUCCCUAGAUCCGCCCCUGAAAAGACUGUCGUUAAGCGCAGGGGAGGUUAUAAGGUGCGUUUAACUGUGUAUAUAUAUACAUUUGGAGAGUUUGCCAGACACGAGUACACAAAUCUUUGAUAUAUAUUGAAAACCUUGCCAGACACUCUUUCUCUCUCUUUGAUCGGAAUAAGGCUCAGCCCCAAACAAGCAAGACGAGUGAACAACGGCGAGCUCAUCACUAGCAGAUUGAUGGACAUUUACAGAAAUUCGCCGACAGUCAAAUUCCGUGCUGACUUAUUCCUUGCUCACAGAUGUCCUUCCGUUAUAAAGUUUCAAAUAAGACUAGAAUGCGCUAGCGUGAAUCGAUCAAACGUCCUUUUAUUUCUAAGGCUUACUUUCCGGCAAAUAAAAUGAACUGAAUGUAAAAAGGGAAAGAGAAAUAGCGAAAAAUUCAACUUCUAAUUAAAUCUUUUCUCAUGGUUUAGAAUAAACUAUUCUCGAAACUGAGAAUGUUUUGAUCAAAGCUGUGUAAAUCGAGCUGAAAUUGUGCAUGGAACCUUGCGUUUCCUGUAUUUAUCUCACCUAUUGUAUGGAAUAUGUCUGAAAAUCUUCAUCAUGAAUCGGUAUAUUUCAAAGAGCUACACAACCAGCAAGAAUACUAUUGACUGACAAUAUACAGAACGGGGCAGCUGUAGUGUCAACUAUUACUAGGGUAAAUUAUGUAAAUCAACUGAUGUGCAUUGCUAACAAUAAGUGUCUCAUAUUACACGACAAAGCUUUUCACGCGGAUAAUAGUUCGCGCAGUACUAAAAUUGACGCACCCAGCGCUGCCCGAAUUCUAGUACUGCGCGAAUUUUAAUACAAGUAAGGUAUAUAGAUUUAGCCAGGGCUAAAAGCGAGGUACUCGUCAAUAUACUUAUAGUUUACUCAAACAAAAAAUAAAAUAGUGUAAUACUAAACGGCGACAAUGAGAACGGCGAAAAAAUCAAAGGUUUAAUUAGCAAAAAACAACUUUGCACUUGCAGCACACUUUUUUGGGACAUUUCUUUACCAUUGUUUUGCUCGAUUACAACUUGAAACUUUCUAGUUUAUACACGUUUUGUUGAGGAAAUGUCAUAUGUAUUCCUGUUCGUUUUUUUUUACUGGCACUCAUUUUCACCUUGGAGGCGGCUAGUAUUUGUCAUUUUUUGACCGACGCUAUAAAAUUUUCCUGUUUUCCCUUCAACGAAAUUCGUCACCUUUGUAUUUUAUAUUUCGCUUUAGCUAUUUCCUUUGUUACCCAUCUCAGUGUAGACAAUAAGAUUUAGUCAAAAAAACAAAAAGAAGAAGACAGACUUGGCUUUGCUGUUGUGUUUUUUCUCGAAAAGUCUGGGUGGCCAUACGAUUUACCGCCAAAAACGCGCGGGUGCUAGAAAUGCAAAUUUCUUGCCGGCUUUCAUGAAAGGGUGGACGUACGAACGUGUACUUGAUUUCGUAGUUUUGAGUUAAAUACACUAUACGGAGCCGAAAUAAAUUUCACUCGAUAAAUGCGUUGCUCAAGUACUCAGCAUCAUCCACUAUCCAAACUUUUUACGGGAUCAUUUUUGGUUGAAAUUCAUAGGCGGAUCCAGAAAAUUCAGAAAGGGGUGGUAGGAACACUUGCCCACUUGCCAGCUAUAGCCUCGUCCCCCUCGGCCCACCCCUGAAAACCCCCCUUAAAAUUAGGAAUUAUUUGCGAUCCAUUUUGGGCAUAAUUUGCGGUACGGUGCCCGCCUUUUUUCGCCAGCAAAACUUAACAAGUUACUAAUAAAAUAUAUAGAUUUAGUCCUGAGGGCUAACAGCAAAGCUCUGGCUAAUAUCUAUAGUUUAGUCACAUUUAAUAUAAAAUCGGGGCAACGAAAACGGUAAAAAAGUCAGUGAGUCUAAUUAACGAAAAAAAUAAAACAACUCUGCAUGUGCAGCACAAUUUUUUGUACAUUUCUUUGCCUUUGUUUUUCACGACUACAACGUGAAACUUCCAUAAACUUCCUAGUUUCGUUUUAUGAAGGAAAUGUUGUAUGUGUACCUGUCACCUGUUCACCAUUUUUUUUUCGCUCUUGCUCAUUUUCACUUUGGUGGCCGCUAGCAUUUCUCACGUUUUCACCGCCGCUAUAAAUUUUUCAUGUUUUUCUUUCCACGAAAUUUGCCUCCUUUUUUAUAUCCUGCUCUAGCUCUUUCUCUGUUCUCCACGUUAAUGUAGACAUAAAAACAAAGAAUCGGCUUUGUUGUUGUUAUUGUUUAUCUCUAAAAGUCCGGGUUGCUAUGCGAUUUAUCCCCGAAACGCUCGGGUGCUUGAAAUGCAAAAUUUUACCCCGGCUUACAUAAGUGGGGUGGACGUACGUGCGAACGAUUUUCUCAGGACCAAAAUUUCUUGGAUGCANUUAAUAUAAAAUCGGGGCAACGAAAACGGUAAAAAAGUCAGUGAGUCUAAUUAACGAAAAAAAUAAAACAACUCUGCAUGUGCAGCACAAUUUUUUGUACAUUUCUUUGCCUUUGUUUUUCACGACUACAACGUGAAACUUCCAGAAACUUCCUAGUUUCGUUUUAUGAAGGAAAUGUUGUAUGUGUACCUGUCACCUGUUCACCUUUUUUUUUUCGCUCUUGCUCAUUUUCACUUUGGUGGCCGCUCGCAUUUCUCACGUUUUCACCGCCGCUAUAAAUUUUUCAUGUUUUUCUUUCCACGAAAUUUGCCUCCUUUUUUUAUAUCCUGCUCUAGCUCUUUCUCUGUUAUCCACGUUAAUGUAGACAUAAAAACAAAGAAUCGGCUUUGCUGUUGUUAUUGUUUAUCUCUAAAAGUUCGGAUUGCUAUGCGAUUUACCCACGAAAAGCUCGGGUGCUUGAAAUGCAAAAUUUUACCCCGGCUUACAUAAGUGGGGUGGACGUACGUGCGAACGAUUUUCUCAGGACCAAAAUUUCUUGGAUGCAUAGAUAACCGAAUUUUCUUACCCAUGGUGCUCCGCUGCGCGAGAGCUCCGCUAUAAUCACCGCAAUAAAUGACAAUUUUCAAUAAAAUUGGUAAUUCUGUCUGAAAAAUCAAUAGUUUCGGGCCACCGGAGUAACGUGCCCAUGAGAGAGCCAUCUCAAGGGCUUUUCUAGCCCCGCGUGGCAGGUGCAAAAACGGGGAGGGGAGGGAAAGAAGUGUGAAAGGGCCAUACCCCUCUCUUCACCCCUUCUUCUCCCACCCUUUUCAAGGCCUGCCACGCAUGCUCCGGCCAGGGCUGCUAAUCUCCAAAAUAGCUUAUCGUCAGUAGGAAUUAGAAUUUACAGGUGGUAUUCACCGAAACAAUCCCCCGUUUUUCCUUCCUCUUCUAGAAAAUAAUAAAUAACAAUAUUCACCGAAGUGGAGGUGGCUGAACAUCCACCACUAGUCACCGACACUAAUACUGAAUAAUGAUAAAAAAAAAAAAAAUAAUAAUAAUAAUUACAAUAAUUUUAAUAAUAAUUUAUUCUUUACAGAGCACUGUUGGGAAAACCCGCCGAAGCCAACUGCUAUACGGCAGGCCAACUGCUAUUCCAAAAAUAAUUCCUGCCCACCGGGUCUUAAAGAUUGCUCUGAUGAAUUCGUUUGUCGUUUGUCAAGCAACAAAUGCUGCUGCUCGUCGUCUGUGCCGCCGUCUGUGUCGACCGCCCCACCGACACCUAAGCCAAGUUUGUAUCAUCUUUGCCAAUUACUUUACUAUAUAGAUUUAGCCAGGGCUAGAAGCAAG